AUGGGCUCCAUCGGAGCAGUGAGCACGGAAGUUUGUUGUGACAUAUUCAGGGAGCUGAGAAGCCAGGGUGUCCAGGAGAAUGUCUGCUUAUCCCCUCUGCUCAUCAUUUCAACCCUCUCCAUGGUCUACAUCGGAGCUAAAGAUAACACCAAGGCUCAGMUAGAAAAGGCUAUCCACUUGGACAAAAUCCCAGGAUUUGGAGAGAGUACUGAAUCUCAGUGUGGUACAUCCGUGAGCAUCCACACCUCACUAAAGGACAUCUUCACCCAAAUCACCAAACCAAGUGACAAUUAUUCCAUCAGCAUUGCAAGUAGGCUUUAUGCUGAAGAGAAAUACCCAAUCCUGCCGGAAUAUGYACAAUGUGUGAAGGAACUGUAUAAAGGAGGCUUGGAGCCUAUCAACUUUCAAACAGCUGCAGAAAAAGCCAGAGAGAUCAUAAAUUCCUGGGUUGAAAGUCAGACAAAUGGAACGAUCAAAAAUAUCCUUCAACCAAGCUCUGUGAGUGCACAAACUGACAUGGUCCUUGUCAGUGCCAUUUACUUCAAAGGACUGUGGGAGAAAGCGUUUAAGGAAGAAGACACCCAGACAGUUCCUUUCAGAAUUACUGAGCAAGAAAGCAAACCUGUGCAGAUGAUGUCUCAGAUUGGUACAUUUAAAGUGGCAGAGAUCACUUCUGAGAAAUGUAGGAUCCUGGAGAUUCCCUAUGCCAGUGGACGGCUGAGCCUGUGGGUGCUGUUGCCUGAUGAAAUCUCUGGCCUGGAGCAGCUUGAGACCGCUAUCACCUUUGAAAAUCUGAAGGAGUGGACCAGCUCUAGUAAGAUGGAAGAGAGGAAAAUUAAAGUUUAUCUCCCACGCAUGAAGAUUGAAGAAAAGUACAACCUUACAUCUGUCUUAAAAUCCUUGGGUAUCACUGACCUGUUCAGCCCAUCAGCCAAUCUCUCAGGCAUCUCUUCAGCAGAGGGCUUGAAGGUGUCUGGAGCCUUCCAUGAGACAUUUGUGGAAAUCUAUGAAGCAGGCAGUAAGGUGGCAGGCUCAUCAGGAGCUGGGGUGGAAGACACAAGUGUCUCUGAAGAGUUUAGGGCUGACCACCCUUUCCUCUACUUGAUCAAACACAACCCAAGCGACAGCAUCUUGUUCUUUGGCAGAUGCUUUUUUCCUUAAAGAGAGGAAAGCUAAAAGAGUUUCUGUCCCUCACAGCAAGACCCAAAGUCCUGCAGUAUCAUGGGUAAAAAGAAACACAAACYCU